GAUUCGUCAGCUUUUAUUCCUUCACUCUCUUCCUUUGGUUUUGCUUCUUCUCCUUCCUCUCUCAUCUCUCUUCUUUCGACACUAGGAAUUCGUGAAGAUGAUGAGCCGUCUCGUUCUGCGAGGGUUGCUGGGCUCCCUCCUCUUGAUCUGUCCUGUUCUCGCCCACGGAGGCCAUGAGAACGUCCCCGAAGGCUCCGGCGCCUCGGAGGACCCAAUUGACUCAACAUUAUGGGUUCAUAUGGUUCUUAUGGGACUUGCCUUUGGCAUCAUAUUUCCCCUGGGUAUGGUUCUCGGAAUCGUCCGCUCACGAUGGCACGUCCCCGUCCAAAGCGUCGGAACCGCUAUUGCUAUCGUUGCAUACUUCCUUGGCCAUGCUCAUAAAGGACGCCAGUUCGGAAAAAACGUCCACUCCUCCUUCGCUAACAUCCUGAUGCUCAUGCUCGCCGCGCAGGUCGUUGUAGGGAUCUACCUGAAACUGCACAUCACAAAGGGAAUCCACGGCCGGAUCCGCCGGGUUUUCGUUAUUCUUCAUGGCGUCCUGGGCAAAGCGAUGCCGGUGGUUAGCUGGGUACAGAUGCUCUUUGGAGGCAUCGCUGCAAUGGGGUUCUGCCGCGACGACCACUUGGGACAGUGUCUGGCUCACUUUAUUAUGGGCAGCGCAUUCAUCGCCUACGGUAUCCUGUUGACGAUUCUUCUCCUGGUUGGCCAAUAUUGGCUCCGUCGCACCGGUCGCAGCCAGGAAUUCUUCGAUUCGCUUGUCAUCGCUGCCUGGGGUUGUGUCAACACGUUCACAGAGCAUCGGUGGGGUGGACCUUGGGUGCACAAUGAUCUCCAGCACACUACUAUGGGUAUUGUCUGGUGGUGCGCCGGUUUGCUGGGUAUCUGGCUGAGUCGUAAGCGAAACGGCCGGCCUAAGAGAAACCUUAUCCCGGCCAUUGUUAUUCUCCUGACAGGUUUUGCCAUGUCCGCCCACCCGCAGGCUUUGAUGAUCAGCACCAUGAUCCACACCAUCUUCGGUUACACAUUGAUGGCCGCUGGCCUUACUAGGAUCAUUGAGAUCUCAUUCGUGCUGAGGGACCGAAGCUCCGUGAGCGCAGACGGAUCGGACCCUAACAGCUUCCAAUACUUGACACCUUUCCUCCUGUACGCUUCAGGCUUCCUGUUCAUGGGCGCCACAGAGGAACAGAUGCAGCUUCUCCACGACGCCGGAAUCACUCACGUGUCCUACGUCCUGAUCUUGUACAGCGUCGCUUUCAUCCUCUUCUUGUUCGUCAAUAUCCUCCUCCACAUCUACGCCGUCCACGCAUGGCCCGAAUCGUCCAAACCAUCCGCGCACUCCCGCUCCCUCAGUGAAGACGACGACGGCGGCCAAGGCCCAUCCGGCUCCAAGCGCCACCGCACACCCCCUGCCGCCUCAUCAUUUAUGAACGGCCAUGCCCGUUCCGCCUCGGAGGCUCAGCAUAUCCAUGACGCCGAGGCAUUCGAGCUUCAAGGUCUAAUCUCAGACGAAGAAGACGACACCAGGUCGCCUCAUGAUGAACGACAUCUAGGACCCAAGAAAGUCGAGGACGAGGAGAGUGCCCCGUUGGUUGGCAAGGAGACUUAAAAAAAACAAACACAACAUGGAUAUAUGUGUUUGACUCUGCUUUCUUUCUUUCUAAGAAUAUAUACCUUUUUCAUCUUUCUUCUCUCCUUCGAAAGGAUUUGUUUGCUCCACCACCUUGACUCACAUAACUACGUCCCUACCUACCUCCUUACCUCUACUUUUACCCUUAAUUAAUGUCUUAGUUGUCUAAUGGAUAAAUAAACAGUGCUCUUGGCAUAGCAUGAAUACCUAUUUCCAC